GUAGAGAGCUCUGAGUGCAAUCUUGUAUUCCCUGACAAUGCAAAAAAUUUUAAUGCAUUUGCAUUUGUUGUAAUCAGGGCUGUCGUGUAAUGCAGUGGAUCUGGAGGUGUAAGCAUCCCAGGAGGGGGUGGGAGGGAGGUGAUUGAUACAAUGUAAUUACAGUGCAAGUGUUUUCUUUAUUUCCUUUUUUGUAAACCAAAAUGUAUUUUACUGUUAUUACAUUUUUUUGUUUUUUUGCAGUUGCAAUUUUAAAUCAGUGCAGGAGGUUAAAUAUUUGGAAGCAAUCGGUUCUUCAAUUUUCUUUUUUUUUUCAUAGUUUUUUUUCCCUUGUUGCUUAGAUUUACAUUUAAGAGAAUACUUUCAAUUUGAACAAUUGUUUAUUUAAGUGUGCUACAAGUACACUAAGUCUAUGCUAAAAGUGAGACAGAGUACUUGAAAUUCACUUUCUAUAUAGGCCCACUAUUUACAUAUUUUGAACAUAAAUUAUUCAAAUUUAGUCUGAAGAAAUAUUCAGAUAGUACAUGAAACAGUCUAAGAAUUAAAUAAGCUUAUAGUGUACUUUUUGCUGAGAGUUUAAUUGUAGCUGAACAGCUACAUUUCACAAAAAAUAGUGUAUAUUAACCAAGUAGUUUUAGUAGUAGUAGUAAUAAUAGUAAUAGUAAUAGUAAGACUAGUAGUAAUAGUAAUAGUAGUGGUAGCAAUAGUAGUAGUAGUACUAGUAAUAGUAGUAGUAGUAAUAGUAGUAGUAGGCUAGUAGGUGUGGUGGAAAUAGCAGCAGAAAAAUACACUUCUUUCCUGUGUAAGACUUUUUGGACCUAAGCUUCUGCUGUGAAUAACUAAAUGUAAAUAUAAAAAUCGAUAUAAAAAGCUAUUAAUAUGAAAUAUUGUCAACAAAACGAAUGUAUCAGAAAAUGCAACAGCAAAAAUGUUUAAAAGGUAGAGUAUCGGUUCCUAUACUAAAAGAAAAAGAAAAUAGUUUUUAAAAUAAAUAGAAAAAUAAGUUAAAUGGGCAAAUUUACCUCAGUAACUGUAACUAAAGUUUUAUUUUCUUAUAACAAAAGUGUAAGAAUAUAUUAUUUAUUUGCUCACAUCCAGGUAAUCAAUUUUUGAUCUGCGGUAAGUGAAUAUCUUUCUACGCCUCGGAACGUUGUGUCAGUGCUUCUGGCCGGACGUAGUUUUCGAACGGACCAAAAUACCUACCAGGGUUGACGUGGAAGUGUAUGAAAAUGGCUAAUACUCAAGCAGAAAUUCAAACAGAUAGUUCCACCGUGUCAUCAAAUAUAAGCGUGUCUUCUCAGCCUAACAACCCUCUAUCAAGGAAGCUUAACAAAAUACUGGAGACGAGACUUGACAAUGACAAGGAGAUGCUGGAAGCUCUGAAGGCUUUGUCAGUCUUCUUCACAGAAAACAGCUUACGAACCAGAAGAAAUCUUCGUGGAGACAUAGAGAGGCGAAGUCUGACGAUCAAUGAGGAUUUUGCACGAAUAUUUAAGGAAGUAAAAGAGGAGCUUGAAAGCGUUCAUGAAGACGUUCAGGCCAUGAGCACGUGUUGUGAGGAGAUGACGAGCCGAUUAAAGGCUGCAAAAGAACAAACUCAAGAUCUCAUUGUAAAGACAAACAAGCUGCAAGGAGAAAAUCAAAGGCUGGAGGUGAGAGCUCAGGUGGCUCAAGCUUUCCUCGCCAAGUUCCAGCUCUCCAGCGAGGAGAUGGUCGUCCUGCGAAAUGCUCGCGACGCACCCGUCACAGAGGAUUUCUUUAAAGUUCUCAACCGUGUGAAGCAAAUCCAUGAAGAUGUGAAAAUCCUCCUGCGAACAAACCAGCAAACUGCCGGGUUAGAGAUCAUGGAGCAGAUGGCCGUGUUACAGGAGACCUCAUACGAGCAGCUCUACCGCUGGGCUCAGAAUGAAUGCAGAGGCCUGACUCAGGAGACCUGCGAUAUCAGUCCAGUGCUCACCCAAGCUAUGGAGGUCUUACAGGAUCGGCCUGUUCUUUACAAGUACACUCUCGACGAGUUUGGGACGGCGCGCAGAUGUGCCGUGGUACGAGGCUUUAUCGACGCCCUGACCCGCGGCGGACCGGGAGGAACCCCCCGCCCUAUAGAAAUGCACUCUCAUGAUCCUUUGAGGUAUGUGGGGGACAUGCUGGCUUGGCUCCACCAGGCAACUGCUUCAGAAAAGGAGCAUCUGGAGGCACUUUUGAAGCAGGUCACCCUGCAGGAUUUGGAGGACAACAUGCAGGAGGUGGUGGGACACAUCACAGAGGGAGUCUGCAGGCCACUGAAGGUGCGGAUAGAGCAGGUUAUCGUGGCCGAGCCCGGCGCCGUUUUGCUCUACAAGCUGUCCAACCUGCUUAAAUUCUACCAUCACACAAUCAGCUCUAUCAUUGGAACCAGUGUGGCCUCUCUGCUCAUGACGAUUGAGGAGAUGCACCUCCUCAGCAAGAAGAUGUUCUUCAACAGCCUGAGCCUUCACGCCAGCAGACUCAUGGACAAGGUGGAGCUCCCACCUGCAGACCUGGGACCGACAGCAUCCCUCACUCAGACCCUCUCCCUCCUCAGGGAGGUGCUCGCCUCGCACGACUCCUCUGUGGUUCCUCUGGACGCUCGCCAGGCUGACUUUGCUCAGGUGCUCUCCUGCAUCCUGGAUCCCCUCCUGCAGUUGUGCACCGUGUCAGCCAGUAACCUGGGCACAGCUGACAUGGCCUCUUACAUGGUCAACUCCUUGUAUGUGAUGAAGACCACGCUGGCUCUCUUUGAGUUCACCGAUAAGAGACUGGAGAUGCUCGAAUUUCAGAUUGAGGCUCACCUUGAUACCCUGAUCAACGAGCAGGCCUCCUAUGUUCUGACCCGAGCUGGACUCAGCUACAUCUACAACUGCGUGCAGCAGCACAGCGCCGAGCAGGGUCCUCUGUCCCUCCUCCCCAGUAUGGAUGGCUCCUCUGUGAAAGCAGCGAUGGUCCAGUUUGAUCGGUACUUGUCGUCGCCCGACUCUCUGGUGAUGCCGCAGCUCAACUUCCUGCUGAGUGCAGCCAUCAAGGAGCAGAUUUUCCGACAGUCGACGGAGCUGGUGUGCAGAGCGUACGCGGAGGUCUACUCGGCUCUGAAGAACCCAAACAACGGCUACAAAGACCCGGAGAUCCUGCUGCCCAGAACUCCUCAGCAGGUUCAGACUCUGCUCUCCUGAAGCUCAUUGAUGUGUUGAGGCGGAGCCGAGCUGCAGGUUAUUUAAAGACCAUGUAAGUGGUGCAGCGUAAUGCCACAAAUGUAUAUAGAAGUAACCUAAGAGAAAUAUGUAUAUAAAGUCUGGAAAAACACUGACAUGUAUGUAACACUGACUGGUGCGGGCAUUUUAUUCAUUUUUCUUUCAUAUUUGUUAAAAAUUUUAUUGAAUAUUAUAUA